AUGUUCAUUUCCACUCGCAGCAAUAUGUCCAGCCGUGGUAAAGGCGGAAAGGCGAAGUCGUCCGAGAAGAAGACGCGUUCGUCGCGAGCCGGCCUGCAGUUUCCCGUUAGCCGUAUCCAUCGCAAGCUAAGGAAAGGUAGUUACGCAGAACGAGUGGGUGCAGGUGCACCAGUGUACAUGACUGCUGUGCUCGAGUAUCUGGCUGCUGAAGUGCUGGAGCUUGCUGGGAAUGCGGCACGCGAUAACAAAAAGACCAGAAUUAGCCCGCGUCACCUGCAACUGGCGGUGCGCAAUGAUGAGGAGUUAAGCAGAUUGUUGGCUGGAGUGACGAUAUCCCAGGGCGGUGUGCUGCCGAACAUCCAGCCUGUGCUACUGCCUAAAAAAACCGCUGAGAAGGCGUAA